ACCAGACAAUCAGACAGACUAAGACAGCCACAGCCCUGCUCCCUGGGACUCUCUCCUAGCUAUCCUAUUUUGUUUUUCCCCUUCAGGAGGAGGAAGAGAGACAGAAAGGGAGAGGAAGCAGCAGCCGGCAGGAGCAGAGAGGAAAGGAAGAAGCUUAGUUAAAAGAUUAAUUUAGCAGCCACACUCCUGCCCUGCCUUUCCUCCCCUCCCCCAUUCUCUCAUUCAUUCUUCCCUACCAUUUCAUGGCUUCACAACACCUCCUCGCCUUUCCUUGAAAGGAUCCAGACAAUCCCCUCUCCACAACUGGAAACAAAAAGUGGCACACUCCCUCUGCCCAGAAGGUGCCAGUUAUUCCAACCAACUUUGGAAAUUCAGAUGAGGAAACGAGUCUGAGAAGUUAAAUAACUCGCCUAGGAUCACACAACUAGUCAACGUCCAAGGCAGUAUUCUAACUCGGGUCUUCCUGUCUCCACGUCCAGCAUUACAGCAUCCAGCUGCUACAUUAGCCCAAGGUCAAACAGCUUGCUGCAGCACAGAGGUCAUGUCCCUUGUUCCGUGGUUCCGGUGGAGUGAGAACCCUCACAAGCUGACUCCCAGAAGUCCAGCGGAGAUGAUGCUCGAGACUCUGAUGAUGGAGCUGGCUUGGCAGAUAAAGGAAGCCGAGAAACAGCAUCGGGAAAGGGAGAAUGAAUACCGGAAGAUCCGUACUGGUGUUGACUAUAGCUGGCUGGCAAGUCCACCCAGGAAUGCCUAUGACCUUAGCCCUGGGGAGCGGCUUCAGUUGGAGGAUGCCUGCACCAAAAUCCACCCUUCUUACUGUGGGCCCAUGAUCCUCAGGUUUCGGCAGCUCAUUGCUGAGUAUGAGCCAGAAGUCCACGAGGUAUCCCAGCUCUUCCGCUCAGUCCUACAGGAAGUGCUGGAGAAGAUGAAGGAAGAGGAGGCCAUUAGGAAGCUGACCAAGCAGUGGAACACUCGGUCCCGGGGCACCCUCUCCCUGACUACCUUUAGGACCCGUUCCCGUAUCUUCCCUUUUGCCAGUGACAUCAGGACCAUCUCAGAGGAUGUGGAGCGGGAUGUCCAUCCCACCCCUAGGGUCUGGAGUAUGCCUGAAUUCCAGAUACACAAAGGCUAAUAACUGAGAAAAAAGAGCUGGAUUCCUAGCAAUGACUUUGUUAGCCCCGGUUUCAACCACAAGUGCCAGCUUUUUUUCUCCCAAUCCCGCUUUUACCUAUCCCAGUUUUAUGUGCUCUCCCUGCCCCUUUUCUGAGGAACCAAUGAAUAUACAAAUGAUAAGGGUCAUUAUGGGAUUGGGGGCCUUAUUUACACAGGGCUAAGCUGGUCACCCACUCAGCAGUCAGAAUCUAGGAAGUAGACAAAACUGAAAAAGCCCACAAUGCAUGAUUCUUUAAAAGACAUUGUAGCCAGGGUUAGGAUUGUCUGGCAUAACCACAGGAAGCCAGGACCAGGUUAGAGUGUCAGGGACUCCAGGCCACUGUCAUUCUAGCUUCCCCUAGCUAAAAAAAGAUCAAAUAGAGGCAUCCCCCACCUCAAACCUCAUUAGCAAUAAAUGUAUUGGGUAAACAAAUGUGCCCAUUCCCUAUUCCUGUCUCUAAGAGAAAGGGGAUUACCUUGUCUUCCUGCUGAGACCUCUAACACCUGAGUUGUGGAGUCAUCUUAGGGUUAAUUAUCUCUCCAUCCCUCUAUGUUGGCUUUUGUUGUUGUGUUGCCAGUUCAAUCAUUUCUAUUAUUUGGGAUUUCUUUUUUUCUUUUUUUUAAACUAAACAAGUCAGAGUUGGUUGGAACCUUAGAGUGAAUUAGCUAGUCCAAACCCCUCAUUUUAUAGAGGAGGGAAACAGGCCCAGGGAGGUUAAGAGUCCUUCUAUCUUAUCCUGACAGGCUGAUCUCCAGGGGCCAUUUGGCAAUUCCCCAGUUCCUGAGCCCUUAAGCUGUGGGCUAUGACAGAGCAGGGCCCAAAGGCCAUUUCCCCUCCACAUCUAUCACCCAAGUUACCCCCCAACAAAAUCUGUCUCUCUGGAACAGGUCUCCUAAAAUCCUACUUCUAGACUGACAUCAUGCAGGACAUUAUGACAGCAGCCAGGAUAUAACCAAUUCUCAGAAGGCCUUCCCUAUAAGCUUUGCCUAUUGGAAAAGCUGGGCAUUUAGAGCUUCGAGGGAACCAUAAAGAUCAUCUAAUUCAAACCCUCUCUGCCCCCUUUUAAAUUUCAAAACCUGUUAUAUUGAGGCAUUUGUCUUUUCUAACCACAAUCACUUCCCAAUAAAGUCCACCCUGUCCCCAACCCCCAACAACAGUGCUCACAUAAAACAAAGCUGUCUUAACAGAGUGACUGAGACUUCAACUGAGAAAAUAUAACAAUUUGCAUCUACAGACAGACCUGCCACCUCUUUACACCAAGGAAGGAGGUGCAUUCCAGCAUCAGACAUCAGGAAUCAACCACCGAUCGUUGCAUUUGAUCUAAAUUCUGUUGUCUUUUAACAUUGUUUUCAUUUAUAUCAUUGUAGUAAUUAUGUACGUU